UUUCUGCAUCCCCAUGGAUCAGCCAGCCAGCAGCUGCAUGCGGAGCGCCCAUCCCAGCAGCCCCAUCUGGGGCUGCAUGAGGAACCCUCACUCUGGGGUCCCAGGAGCCAAUCUGCAGUACCAGCAGGCCCCGUUCUCCCUGCACCAGAAGCCAGAGUUCCUGGCCUACACGGAUUUCUCCGGGUCCUGCCUGGUGCCAAGUGCGCCGCAUGCCGCCUACCCUCGCGACGACAGACUGUACCAAGACAGCCAGGGGGGCUACCAGAGAGCCGAAUGGCAGUUCAACCCCUGCGAGACUCGGGUGAGAGCGCCCGAGGCCUGCCCGCCCAUUGCCCCUGCAGUAGUAGGUUCUGGAGGGAGCGGGGGUCCUGAGCUGGAGGGUGUAGGGGCUGACAGGGUGGCCGUCAGCGUCCCCGGAUGUCUGGAUGGAGAAUACUCCCCCCAGAGCGUGGCUUCAGCCGACUCCGACAAGAAGAGCUCCAACAAGAGGAAGAGAGAUGCCACAGAUAUCCAGGACUCCAAUUUUAAAGUGGAUUCCAGCUGCAAGGCCAGGAAGGAGCGUACAGCGUUCACCAAGGAGCAGCUGAGGGAGCUGGAGGCCGAGUUCACCCACCACAACUACCUGACCAGGCUCCGGCGCUACGAGAUCGCCGUGAACCUCGACCUCACCGAGAGACAGGUCAAAGUUUGGUUUCAGAACCGGCGGAUGAAGUGGAAGAGGGUGAAGGGAGGUCAGUCGGCCUCGCCCAACGACCUUGAAAAUGACGACGUGGACUCGGCCGCUUCAGCCAGCUCCGACUGAACGAGGCCCGCCCUGAGGGGGAACUAAAAGCUUCAUCCGGUCAGCUGGACACGAGGAGAGCUGGCUGAAGCCCAACACUUGAGACUUUUAAAUGACAUUUUGAAUAUUUUGUAUGUAAAUGGCUAUGAUUAAUGAACUGCAUUUUGCCGUAUUAUUGAUAA